AUGUCUGGUGUGGUUGCCGAGGUCCAAGUGCCGAAGUUCAAACUAAACGAUGGGUAUGAGAUACCCGCUCUAGCACUUGGAACAUGGCUGGGCCACAACAGUAAGCCAAAACCAAACGAGGUGGAGUUUGCAGUGAAAUGGGCCCUGGAGGCUGGAUACCGACAUAUUGAUACGGCAGCUAUAUACAAGGUGGAAGAUCAGGUCGGCCGCGCUCUGAAGAACUUUCCCAGAGAAGAUAUCUUCGUUACGACUAAGUGUGCUGUUUUAUAUAUUUUAUUACUCACACCCUUUGUGGUGGCGGAGAAAAAGAGCUAUGAAGGAUACAGUGUUUACAAAUUAACACCAAAAACAGAAGAUGAUAUAGAAGUUGUGAAAAAACUCCAGCAGUUUGGAGAAUUUUGGGAAGACCAAUUCUAUAUUGACUACCAACUCAGAAUAAUGGUUCCCGCUCACAAUAAAAUAAUAUUCAAUAAUAUAGUCGAGGAAUCCAAGAUGGAGGCCACGGAAAUUAUAAAGGAUUUACAACAAACGAUCGAAGAGCAACUACGACCAGCAGCAAGGAGUUUAAGAUCUGAUGAAUCAUACUUAUCAAUGAACUGGAAUCAAUACUACAGUCUCAAUGACACUUACAAGUGGUUGGAUGAAGUCCAAAGAAACCAUCCGAGAAUAGUCACCACUGUGGUGAUGGGACGUUCGGUUGAAGGAAGAGAAAUAAAAGGUCUCAAAAUAAACUACAGAAACAGAACUAAUCCGGUGAUAGGUUUUCUGACUGGAACACUCCAUGCAAGAGAAUGGAUUACUACGGCGACCCUGACGUGGGUCAUUAAGGAGUUCCUGACUUCUAGCAAUAGAGACAUCAGGGCGUUGGCUGAAAACAUUGAAUGGCAUAUUUUUCCAAUCGUCAACCCUGAUGGUUACGUGUACACGUUUACAACGAACAGAAUGUGGAGGAAGAACCGAAGUAGGUUUAGUUCAAAGUCCUGUUCACACAUGAACGCGAAUGACGACAUGAGCAAUGGAGUUGACCUGAACAGAAACUUCGACUUCGUUUGGAUGGGUCCAGGAUCUUCAAACGAUUCCUGUGCUGUCACCUAUGCUGGUCCAAUAGCGUUCUCUGAACCAGAAACUAGAGCCAUAAGUAACUACGCUCUAAAACUAAAUGCAACAGGACAACUCUUAUACUACAUAGACUUCCACUCGUACACUCAACUGAUAUUAGUGCCUUACAGUCAUCUGACACAGAGCGAGGUCCAGAGUGUAGAUAACUACGAUGAUAUGUACAAGGUAGCGGUUGCAACGGCAGAUAAAAUUCGUGAAAGAAACGGCACCGUCUACCGAGCGGGAAUAUCGUCAGUGGUCAUGUAUCCAAUGACUGGUACCAGCUUCGAUUGGGUCAAGAAUAACACGAAAGUACCGUUCUCGUUCCUCAUCGAGCUUAGAGAUCUUGGGGAGUAUGGCUUCUUGUUGCCUCCGGAACAAAUCAUACCCAACAGCCUGGAGACCAUGGACGGACUCAUUGAAAUGGAUAAAACAGUUCAACUUCUUGGAUACUACUCAUCUGCUUCAUCAAACUUCAUAGCUUCUCUCGGUCUCAUAUUGUGUGCUUUUGUUUUGAUUUAUUGA